UUAACACAAUCUAAAGAGCAAAGGGGAGUUUCCAAAGUCAUCAAACCCCUCCAACUUUCUCAUUCUCGGCCAGAGACCACUGAAAAUGGAUCUUAUGAGGGCUGCGGCUCCUUUCCUAUGGUUUUCCUUCUUCUGCUUUGGGAAUUUUCUUGAAGCUGCAGUGCUUGGAACAUUGAAGUAUCCUUCCAGCGCUGGUGAUAACGGGCUAGGUUCACAUCUGGAUGAGCGAAAUCAAGGAGAAUCAAGUGUGAUCUCCAGAAACGAGCCUCUGAGGAAUGAUACUGUUGUCCCCCAUGAGUAUAUGAUAUCGCUUUACAAGACCCUGUCUGAGAUCGAGAGAAGGGGCUUGAACAGCAGCUUCUCUCUUACAAGAAAGCAUGCCAAUACGGUGACCAGCUUUGUAGACCAAGGAAAAGAUCUUCCUUCCACUGAGCCAAGCCAGCGGUAUUUAUUUGACCUUUCCAGCUUAUCUAAAUCAGAUGAAUUAGUGGGAGCAGAGCUGAGGAUUUUGAGAAAGUCCCCCCCAAACUUGCCUCUGUCUCUGAACCAGGCUGGAAACCUUUACCAUAUAUUGCUAUAUACUUGCUCAGAAGGGAAUUCAGGAAGGCAACUUCUGGAUUCUAGGACUGUGGACAUUCUGGAUAUGGAGUCAUCAAAGUGGGAUGUGUUUGACAUUUGGGACAGCAUGAAGACCAAGAAACGAAGCCACAGGACAGGAGAGCUUAUGUGUUUUGACUUAGUUGCUAUAUCCGAAUCUUCCAACGAAGCCGUCUACCCGGAGUCUUUGGGAUUGAGUCGCCAUUGGAGGGAGCCACAGGAAAAGGCGAUCCUGGUGGCUUUCUCACGCACCCGGAAAAAGGAGAACUUUUUCAAGGAGAUCCGGGACAGGAUGAAAUCCAUGAAAGAUUUGGACGUCUUGGAUCUUCCGGAGCCCGGUAAGGAAAGUCUUUCCAAGCGGCUGCGGCGAAGGAGGACGGCUGUGUCCAACCGACCAGGCGGAGGCAAAGGAAACGGGAAAAGAAAAACACGCUGUAGUCGAAAACCUCUUCAUGUCAACUUCAAAGAGCUGGGCUGGGAUGACUGGAUUAUAGCUCCUUUGGAUUACGAGGCUUAUCAUUGUGAAGGAAUCUGUGACUUUCCUCUGAGGUCUCACCUAGAACCCACAAACCAUGCCAUCAUCCAAACGUUAAUGAAUUCCAUGGAUCCAGACUCCACCCCCCCCAGCUGCUGUGUUCCGUCUAAACUCAGUCCAAUCAGCAUUUUGUACAUAGACUCGGGUAACAACGUGGUUUACAAGCAGUACGAAGAUAUGGUGGUGGAAUCGUGUGGGUGCAGGUAGCAGCCUGGACGUCUGUACUUGAACAGAAACAGCACUUCUCAAUGGCCCGCCAGCUGGUCUCAACUGCUGGUGCUGGAGCGCUGUUUGGAUCCGCGCGAGUGUGUGUGUGUUUAAGUGGGUUUGGGUGUUCUUGUGUGGAUGUUAUUCAUAUUGAAAGAACAGAAAUAGAAAAUAUUGACUCCUUUAAAUUGCUUGAUUGUAUUUUGAGCUGACCAGAGUCCCUCUAUAUUAUUACAAUGUACAUUGGUAAAGCUGAGUUUCUUCAGCUAUUGAACAUUUUCAUCACAUUAGUCCAGCUGACUUUUUGAUGAGGUGGAAAAUGAUCAACAUAUAGCGUUGAUGCUUUUUUGUUUUGUGCUUAGUGGCUUAACCCUUGUCUUUUUUUAGAUAACCAAAGGCGCUUUUAUUACAGGCACAAAUCAAAUUGUUGCCGCUUUUCACACUGAAAGAUUACAGACAUUUAAAAAAUAAACGUUAUUGCAGUGACCUCAGUACAUUUUUAGUUAGUUCAGAUAAUAUUCAGUUUCAGGUUUAUCAUAAGAGUAUUUGCACAAAAUAAUGCCAGAUAAUGACAGUAACUUUAUAUGUUAACAAAGUUAAGAUGUACAUUAGAGGAUUUGAUAUUUCUGAAUGUGUCAGGUCUCUUUUGGUUGAACAUCUCAAGAAUCAUUCACAAGUUGCAGGGCAGACUUUGAAUGUUCAUGUCAUCUCACUUUUAUAGCAGUGUAAGCAACCCUCCAAAAAGGGUUUUCAAUAGCUCCAAUAACCUCUGAUUCAGUCAGAAUCAGGAUAUAUUGUGAAUUAGGCUGAUUUAUUUGCCUAAUCCACCUGGCUGAGUCAACAACUAGACCAUAAGGACAAGGCUGUAUGAAUCCCUCUUUAUAUUAGGUGAGUUAGAAACCUGAUACUCACAUGUAGGUGAGUGGAAAUUAGCAAGUUUAAGGGUUGACCUCCUCCUGACCUUCAUUUAAAACUCAAUUUAUUGAAUUGAUUGUUGAUUGACUCCUAUUAUUUAUUGAAAGCCAAUCACCUAAACAAACUGUCACCUUUGUUUUUUAAAUGAUGUGGAAUUGCACGGCAGCUUCGUCCAUGUUCCCAGCUGCACAGUGAUCAGCUCCUCCAGGUGUCAUAUUGUUCCUCUGCAGAAGAAGAACACAUGUUUAGUAGUUCUUCCAAAACAAAUGUUCUAAUGAUUUUUAUUGUUAAAUAAUUGGGCAUUAGAUUAAAACCAUAUUUUUGCUGUAGCAUUGCUAACUGAUUUUACAUUUAUCUUCAUCCUUGUUGACAUUUUGUACAUGGUUUAGGUGGUGAAAAAUCAUGCUAUCUUUUAUGCUUAAUUUAUUGCUAAGCUACCUUUAAUUUUGCUUGGAGCUCGAUAUUAUUAUUGACCAUUGCCGCAUUGUGCUGCUAUGUGUAAUUCUUUAGAAUUACACUCAGUAAGCAUGUAAGUGUACCUGCUGUCAGAUGUGUUGCAUUAACACUUUGUUUUAACAUUUCUAAAAAUACGGAUUUUUAUUUUUACAAAUGUGAAUUAUGAAGACUAUAUUCAAAUACAUUCUGGAAUUUCCAAAGAAAAGCAGGAACCUUGAUAAUAAACAUCUGUGUGCAUACUAUGCCUGUUUAAUAAACAAGCUGUAAAUGGUUAUAUAGAAUUGAUCAAAAGUUUUUGGGAGCUCUUUAGGAUCGACUUGAGGUCAGUACACAGUCAAAAAGAAGUGCACACCUUCACAGUGAACAUCUGGAGUGCUGCUCCAGUGAGACCAAUGAACAAUGCAGUCAGUUAUUAAUCUUACUGUAAGCUUCUUUCUCACAUUCAUUGGCAGAUGUCUAUUUACCAGUCUUCAACAGCCUCACCAUGCCCAUCAGGCCUGAUGAGGUGGAAUUUGACAUGUCAAAUCUAAAUUAGAUUAAGUCCCAAAGUUUUUUAUCUGGGAAGGGCUUUCUUUACCAUUGCCCUCUGUGUAUUCAUCAAUCAUAUGCUUGAGCAGGACAAAAGACUUACUGUAGGUUUGAUCAAAAUCAGCUAAGAUGGGCAUUCUUACUGUAAAAGACAGAACAAUAUAAUAUCAUUAAAUAGAUCCAUGACUAGUGGUGAUAUUCAAUUUUAAGCAGAAUGUAUUUUUCAGACAUAUUUAUGAAAGUACUGUUUUCUAAAUAAGCUAACAAAUCUGAAAAAAAAAAUAACUUAAGAAAGCAGUUGCAUUGACAUUCUCAACCUUUUUGUUUGCAUAUUUUGUUAUUUUGUGUUAAAGAGUUUGACAGUAAAUCCUCUAAAAUGUGUGAACAAAAGGCUUAAAAAGUAGAUGCUAACAGUUUUCAAAGUAUAAAGUGCAUCUGACUCAUGCGCGUUGAUGGAGAGAAGGUGUGAUUAGCUCAGAUUCUUAAAUAAAACUGCCAUAAAGUAAAGUGGUCCAUUUUCAAAUUCAGGCACUGUUUACACAGAAGUAAAAGGUGUUGUUCUUAAAUGAGAAAGGAAGCUAAUAUGUCAUCAUAAUAUUUUUUCAAUUAAUAUUAUUCUGUUCUCCAAAAACAGUUUUCACACACUGUCUCCUCUAUGCUACCCUACAUUUUCUCAGUCUCUUCACUGUCCCUGGUAGUGGGGACAGGGCAAUAUGCUUAGACAUCUAAUACUUUUUGGGCGAACCUUCUGAUACAUCUUUUUUAUCCAUGUGCAUGUUACUUAGACCCCUGUAAUUGGGCUAACGAGAUCCAUACCGUGUCUAUAUAAGGGACACUCACCUUUUGUGAAUGCAAAACCAAUUAUUACUAAUGGGCUCAUGCAUCUUUUUUAAACAUUUACUAUUCUUUUUGGCAGCUGAAUAUAUCAGUACAUAUCAGCACAUGUAUUAUCAAAGGUUCUUGAAGCUUGAGACCAGAGAGAAAAAAAAACUUUUCCAAAUGAAGAUGUCUGCAGCGUUUGACUAGGAAUAUUAUACAAUUAAUGUUAAUCCACCAUAUUUAAAAUGUCCGCAGCAUAAUUCCUUCCCCACUGCCAUAUUGACUACUACAAGGUUCUGUGUACCCUUAAGUGCUAUAACACCCAUAAGAAUUUGAGCAAGUUUGCGUAAGUUUUAAUUUUUGCAGAAACCUGUACUUAGAUGUAUCUUUUGUUACUUCAGGAUCUACAUACUUAAAUUCUACCUUUAUUGGAGAGAGUAAGUUUUGUAGAAAAUACAUCCCAUCAGGCAAAUCCAUUGCAAACAUGCAUAUGAAAUGAAUUCAGCUCUCCUCAGCCAGUGCUAGGAUUUGAUCAAAGUUGCUUGUGGAGUCUGAACACAAGAGCACAACUCCUUAGACAGCAGCGAAGUCAAAGAGGCCCGAAGACUGUGUUGCUCGCCUUGAGCUGAUGUCAUGUCUGUAAUAUGAUCAGUGCCACUGAGCCCUGUUAUACAUAUGCUCAAAUUCAAUUCUAAAAUCAUUUGAAACUGGAAGAUGUAAAGGAUAGAUGUUAAGGAUUAAUUAUAUUACAGAAUAUUAAAGAUAAUACUUAGAUAUUAAGAAAAAAAUGAGUGAAAUACUUAUUCAUCAGUCAAAGGUAACAAUACAACAUUGUUACAUGUCCUGCUUUUAUAAACUUGUUACAUUCUCAUUAUGUAGUUUCAUUUUGUCUUCUUUUAUUUCCAUGAAAUUCUGUGAAUGUAAUGAUAAACACAUUUCCUUAAAAAUGUAGUGAUGUAAUAUUGCCCCAUACUAACUAUUGAGAAAUAUCAUGACCACAAUGUUAACAAAAGAAUCCUUCCCAAUUACACUAUGAAUGCCUGAGAUCCUCUUAACAGAACGUGUUAAGAUUUAUAUGGUUCAAUUACAAACCAUUUUUCUAUUGAAAGGAGACCUCUGUGUGUAACAUUCCUUUUGAAGCACAACAGUCCAGCUUGCGCUAUUCUACAGUACACCGUAAUGUUCUGAUGUGCGUCAAAACACACAAAUGUGUGACACUGGCAGAAAUGAAAAAGGCAUUAGUACAGUAUAUCCAGGCCUGUUGUGAUUGAAGUUUAUUUUUGUGACUAAGAUUUAACAGGUCACCCUGUUACUAAAUUUUAUGAUUUAAUAAUUAAUUGUACAGUUUCAGUACAUGACCGAUAGCUAAGUUGAUUCAGGGGGUUGUAAAGAUGCACAGCAAGAAGCAGGAAUGUACUUACAUUAAUGUCCUCACUUGUGAACACUGAACUUGUUUAAUGAAAUUUCCUGUAGCAGUAAACUAGAGUUUAGUUGAAACUGCAUUUUAGUACAGGAAUGGUCCAAUAUUGUACAAUUAAGUGUAGAUUUACAUUAUUUAAAGUUGGCAUCUUCCCGUUCUUUCUGGUAUUUCUCAAAUAGCAAUCUUCUCUCUCUCUUGCCUCAUAUUGUCAUUCUUUCUAUAUUUCCAUUUAUUUACUUAACUGAUUACCCUGCGGACCCCUGUGCAAAACCUUUACAAUAACAAGCUUAGCAAGAAGAUACUUCCCCUUGUUGACAUGCAUUUGAUGAAAAAAUACAGGCAAAUUCCCUGGGACAAGUGGUGACAUGUCAUAAUGGAAAUUGCAACCAUUUGUUGCUGAGUUUUGAUCAGCUUCAUUGCGGGCCUGCAAUUCGAUCAGAGCAGGCUCCCAGUGGGAAAUACGCAGAUAGCAGCUGAUGUCAUCAUAGCAACCGCGAACAUUUUGGCCAAUAUUAACAGGUGCUAACAAACAUGACUCAGUUGUUUUUGGCAAGAGAAGGGACGUAUGACUCGUUUAAUUUUUUUUCUUUGUGAAAAAUCAAAUUACUUCCCUUUUCCCUUGUAAUUCAGGGGGUGCAUGCAUCCCUUUUUGGUGCCCAAAUGUGGAAAUAGGCAACUAUUUGUAACAGUGAAGAAUCUGUUUGAUACCAACAAAAUCUUGGAGCUGCAGUGUUUACACUUCAUGACGGAGAGGCAUUAGGAUUUUCUAAACAGUAGGCACUUUGCAGUUUUGAAGCUUAUCGAUAAUUAAAAUUACACUUGUUAUGGCAUGUAUGAUUGAUUAUGUACUUAAUGGUGAAUAAUUAAUUAUAAUUAAAAUUUCUAAUCUGGACAGAAAUCUGGACAAAGGGGCCUACACACAAAGAUAAUUAAUUAUAAUAGUGGUUCUCUUGCAUAUAGUUUGAAUAAUAAGGAUUAUGAAAUGUAAUAAAGUUAUAUAAAAGUUAUAUACAAAAAAGAAACAUACAAAAAAUAUACAAAUUUUGAACAACAUUAGUAUAUCACAAAAACUCAUGUCAACUAAGAACAAAAGCAUUCAAACAAGAACUAUAUGUAAUUUACAUCUACAAGCAAUGAUUUCUUAUUGGCUGGUACUGUGACUGUGCCCACUUACUGUAGUAAAUGGCUACUAUUGCCAGCUACAGUAAUUGUAAAAAAUAUUUCUGACGAGAACAAGGAAACAAGUGCUGGUUUGGCUGUUGUACCGACCUGAAGAGUAUUCAACUGAAAUGCAAUAGGAAAUGCCCCUGAUGAAAGUCAUAACUAUCUGGAAACCAAUUUUAAUGCACUAAGAGUUUUUGCCAUAAAAAAAUUGUGAAAGUGUCACAACCUGACCUAACCAAGGUUACUGCAAAGAAAACAACCAACUGAACAAAUGCUUAAAGCUUAAGCGCAGGCCAAGUACCAGCUUAGAUCUUGUGAAUACGUCUGUUCUUCCUUAGAAUUAUUUUUUCGUAUUGCAGUUUUGACUGUAUAUCUGGGAGAUCUGGACCACUGAGAUCUUUUGAUGUCUAAAUUAUAGAACAACCUAAGAAUUUACUGAGCUCUUCAUUAAUGCAGGGAUACUCUGUGAACCACAUCUGAAGGGAAAUUAGUAUUUUGUUUUACCUUUUGUUUCUUUCUCAGAUGGGCUUAGCAUCUUUAAAAGAAUAAAUCAUAAUCAAUACUCACAUGAUGUAAAUUCAGUUUUCUGUUUGUUAUCUCACAGUGCUCAGAACACAAUGCUAAAUUUAAUACAUGGAAUACACAACAAAACGACACAGAAUAUUGCUUUAGACGUAAAUAGAGAAUGGAAUAGAGAUGAAAUCUUUUUCAUUAUACUACAGACAACAUACAAUAUCAGCUUGUGUUUGAUUAUAACAGAUUUUAAGAAACAGUUUGUCAGUCAUUUAACAAUAUGUCAGUGAAAACAUCGUAAGGCCCCUUGUUUCUCCAUGUAAUACUAAAGAAACAAAAUAUAAAGUUACUGUAUGUGUGACUACUAGCAAUUGACCACGUGUGGGCUGGGUGAAAUAAAGCUUUUUUCGUGAUCUGCCGUUUGCACAGUGUGCCUAAAUCUUUCCUUUAUACUGUAUAUGUAUGUACAUGUAUCUGUUUUUGUUCAGACGUGUGUGUACAUAUAUAUUGCAUAUAUAAAAUACAGACACUCACACGCAGUAAAGCAAUUAUUUUGAAUUUCUGCUUGCUAAUAUGUUUUGGAGCCACUGUAUAUUUAUAGAUUAUAAAUAAUGUUCAUGUUUUCUCUGCCAGUUGGCCUUCCUAUUUAUAACAGUCUCAUCUCAAUUAAAUUCCAAUUGAGAAUCUAAGUAAUAAUAAAAAAUAAUUAACAAACAACAAGACAGGUUAUGUUGUGUCUUUAAAUGCAGAUUUGAUUUUUUUACGGUUUGACACCAGAGGUUUUAGAGAUGUCAUUAGACAGACAAAAACAAGCCAGUUUUUUACAAGUGAUGGUAUAAAUGCACUGUGUGUAUGUAAUCUAUGGUUUAUAAAGGACUGUACAUAUUGAAUUGUAAAUGAACUGUAAACAGCAAUGUAUUUUACUUUUGGAAAUAUUAUAUAGUAGUAUAUAUUUGAAAAAGGUAAGCACACUUUGUACCCUCUCCAUUAACCUUUCUAAGUGUUUUGUACAGAUGAUUUCUAUUAAAUAUUUU